AUGGAGGGACUUUUUCUUAAAAAUAUGUAAUUUAUGUUUAUGAAGUUUAAUGAUUUUUAAUAAGUGUCAUGAUGUUGAGAACAACGGUGUUUCUGAUAAUGUUUGGACUUUUGUUUACUAACUGUAGAGGAUCUUAUAAAGAUGUUAUUUGGUUGUUAGAUGCUUCAAGUUCGAUAUCAGCAACUGACCAUGCAUUGACCAUGAGUUUCAUUUACAAUGUGACAUCAUAUCUUACUAUUGGCGACAAUGACAUUCGAAUGGCAGUCGUUAAGUUUGAUGACGAGGCAAACGCCGAAUUUGAGUUAGACGAUUAUGCUAACAAAGCAAGUCUUCUGACAGGUAUAAACUACAUAGCAUACUCUCAAUCAUUCGUUCCUUCGAGGAAAACUAUGGACGCAUUAACAUAUACGAAAACACUUUACCUUUCCAUAAAAGGGGGCCGCAGUGAUGCUGGUAAAAUUGUUAUUGUGAUAGAAAGCGGCCCUUCGACUAAUACACCUCAAACUAUAAACAAAGCAAACGAUCUCAGAACAUCAUAUGGAGCAGAAGUAUUCGCUAUAGGCAUAGGUUCAGAUUUAUCUAAAACAAAUGACGAAUUGCAGGGAAUCGCAAACGAUCCCGACUCUUAUUAUGUUGAAUAUAUUGGUGGAUUUAUAAAUCUUUGUGGAAUUGUGCCAUCCAUUGUACCUAAGAUUGAUAAUGAAACAACAGUUACAAUGGUGGAUGGUUGUGAUGAGUGGGUAGAGCCAACGACGACAGAAAUAACUUCAACAGAAAGAAUGACUGAGGCGCCAAUUUCCCAAACAAACGAAGGUUUAGAUAUCGGUGCCGUAGUAGGCAUCCUGCUAGCAUGUUUACUGAUUCUAGCAAUUUUAGCUUGCGUAUUAUACCUCUUGUAUAAAAGAAAAAGAAGAAAAGACAAAAAGGACCAGAUUCGUCCAGAAGAUGAUAUAGUAAAGGCUGUAAAUGAGUACAAUGACACAAGUUUAGGAGAAAAGAGACACAUGUACAAGAGAGACACUACCAGCCUCAGUUCCAAAACUACUAAAGCAAUGGACAAAAAUGAUACACUGUCUUCAGUGUAUGAAAAUCUUGGUGAAAGAAGUGUCACAUCGUCUAUCAUUGAUGUGAAAAUUCCUAUAUGAAAUAUAAUUGGUUGUGUUUAAGUACAUUAUUUAGCUAGACCUGUUUCAUGACCACA